CGACCAGCAGAGGAGGUUAAACAAUCGCUAACUAAGCUACAAGAAGCGUAUGAAAAAUGGAUAACUGAACACGAAGAACUUACUAAGUUAAUCGAAGACGAUGCGGAAUUCGAAACGGAAGAAGCCUGGCUAGCUGAGUGUCAGGAAGCUUUUAUGAAUUUUGAGAUAGAAGGCAAAAAACAUCUAGAUGAAGCUGCAAAACAAGUAAGCGAAGAAAAUAUAACGAACAGUCAGCCUAGCGCGAGUGCAAGUGACGCUCAUAACGAAAUAAUAGCGAUCAAAAUGAAAACAACAAUGUUAAUUUAG